AUGGCCCACCGUGGGGAGUCUAGGCUACAGAAGCAACAAGGUUUCUAUGGGGAGUCUCGGCUACAGAAGCAACAAGGUUUCUAUGGGGAGUCUAGGCUACAGAAGCAACAAGGUUUCUAUGGGGAGUCUAGGCUACAGAAGCAACAAGGUUUCUAUGGGGAGUCUAGGCUACAGAAGCAACAAGGUUUCUAUGGGGAGUCUAGGCUACAGAAGCAACAAGGUUUCUAUGGGGAGUCUAGGCUACAGAAGCAACAAGGUUUCUAUGGGGAGUCUAGGCUACAGAAGCAACAAGGUUCCUAUGGGGAGUCUAGGCUACAGAAGCAACAAGGUUUCUAUGGGGAGUCUAGGCUACAGAAGCAACAAGGUUUCUAUGGGGAGUCUAGGCUACAGAAGCAACAAGGUUUCUAUGGGGAGUCUAGGCUACAGAAGCAGCAAGGUUUCUAUGGGGAGUCUAGGCUACAGAAGCAACAAGGUUUCUAUGGGGAGUCUAGGCUACAGAAGCAACAAGGUUUCUAUGGGGAGUCUAGGCUAUAG